AUGGGCAUCAAAUUUCUUAAUGUCCUCCAUGACAAGCAUAUUAUUGGCCGAUCUGCCUCGAAGGUUGUAGGCAUUCCAAAGGGCUACCUAGCAGUUUAUGUUGGACAGGCAGAGAAGAAGAGAUUUUUGGCGCCGAUAUCUUACUUGAAUCAACCCACGUUUCAAGAUUUGCUUAGCAAGGCUGAAGAAGAAUUUGGAUUCUCUCAUCCUAUGGGUGGUCUCACCAUUCCUUGGAGUGAGGAUAUCUUCAUCAAUCUAACCUCUCAAUUGAACGGAUUAUGA